AUGGCUGAUUCUGAGUUGCCACCAUCGGAUUCGCAAAAUAUCUUUUUGUUUACACUUAUAGUCCGCUCAAUGUUGUAUGGCUUUGGCGAUGUGGAAAAUCCUCUACCAGAGACGGUUGCCAUGGUUGAGGAGAUAGCAAUACAAUACAUUCUGGAUAUGACACGUAGGGCGAUGGAGAUUGGACGCGUUGGCAAAAUAACAGUGGAAGACAUCGCCUAUUUGGUGCGCUCCGAUCCACGAAAGUUUUCCCGGGCGAAGGAACUCCUCUUACUCAGUGAAGAACUCAAUAAGGCUAAGAAGGCUUUUGAUAACGAUUUCUAG